AGAAAGUUGUUUGCUGAAUGAGAGAAACACGUCUUUUUCAUUUCAAGAGCGUCUCUGUUUGUGUCCCUCCUUGCAGUGCUGAGGGAUAGGUAAGGCAUUUCUUUUUUCCUUUCGACCGGAGGCUGGCGGAAAAAAAGUGAGAGGGAAGACGGAGAGAGGGAGUCAAAGUGUAAUUUAUUGUUUCCUGUGAAAAGAGCAAAGGCUGCACCCUUUUCUCCUGGCUGAACUCUGAACCAUUGAAUGUGUCUCUGAAGUUUUCUCAAGCCUCGGCAGCCACUGAUCAGGGGUCAGAGCAGAAAACACAAGAACAGAGAGAGGAGGGGGAUUAAAGAAGAGAGGAAAACAGCAGUGGAAGGACCUUCAGGUCAGCCCUACCAGACAGCAAAGGGGAGAAAGGUCACCACAAGAGACCGGGACAGACCUUUACUCUGCUUUUACCACUUUUUCGAUACUUUGCACCUUCAAUACAAGCCUAGAGUCACUGCCCUGGACUGUGGAAUCCAUUUUUUUUGGACUUUAAAGAGAGUUGGAGUACUUUUGGAACAGAGUGGGUCUGUGUAUGAUCCACUCACUGGGCAAUAAAUCUUUGAGAAUAUGGCCAUGGUGAGCGGGGGAUGGGGUAACCCCAACGGGGACACUAAUGGACUGGGUGAGAAAGCUUACCUGAGGAGGGAUGAAGAAGAAGGAUCGCCGCAGGCGGGGAGCAGCGAUGUGGAUGUUGGGGAUGAGGACAAAGCGUGCGUGGUGGACUGUGUGGUGUGCGGUGAUAAGUCCAGUGGGAAACACUACGGCGUGUUCACCUGCGAGGGCUGCAAGAGCUUCUUCAAGAGGAGCAUCAGAAGAAACCUCAGCUACUCCUGCCGAUCCAAUCGAGAAUGCCAAAUCGACCAACAUCACCGCAACCAGUGCCAAUACUGUCGUCUCAAGAAAUGUUUCCGCGUUGGAAUGCGCAAAGAAGCUGUCCAGCGGGGCCGCAUCCCUCCGGCUCACUCAGGUAUCAGUCCCAACUCCCUGCCGGGAGGGGUUGGAGGUCCGGGUCCAGGUCACCUUGGGGCGGAUUACUUCAAUGGUCAGCCUGUGUCAGAGCUCAUCUCUCAGCUCCUGCGGGCGGAGCCAUAUCCCAACAACCGAUAUGGGGCCCCGUACAGCCAGGCACAGAUGCAGGCAUCUGCGAGCGGAGCCUCCGUCAUGGGCAUCGACAGCAUCUGCGAACUGGCUGCACGCCUCCUGUUCAGCACCAUUGAGUGGGCCAGGAACAUCCCAUACUUUCCAGAGCUCCCAGUCUCAGAGCAGGUGGCGCUCCUGAGGCUGAGCUGGAGCGAGCUGUUCAUCCUGAACGCAGCUCAGUCGGCUCUCCCUUUGCACAUGGCUCCUCUGCUGGCUGCUGCCGGCUUUCACUCUUCCCCAAUGUCGGCUGAGCGUGUGGUGUCCUUCAUGGACCAGGUCAGGGCCUUCCAAGACCAGGUGGACAAGCUGAACAGGCUGCAGGUGGACUCGGCUGAGUACAGCUGUCUCAAAGCCAUUGCACUGUUUUCCCCUGAUGCAUGUGGCCUGACAGACCCGGCCCAUGUGGAGUCACUGCAGGAGAAGGUGCAGGUUGCUCUGACAGAGUACGACAGGCUGCAAUACCCCAACCAACCUCAGCGCUUCGGCCGCUUGCUGCUGCGCCUUCCUGCCCUGCGUGCCGUGCCGGCCAACCUGAUCUCCCAGCUGUUCUUCAUGCGACUGGUGGGAAAGACGCCAAUCGAGACGCUGAUCCGAGACAUGCAGCUAUCCGGCAGCUCCAUCAGCUGGCCCUAUGCCCCAGGGCAGUAAAUGCCCUCUCCUAAUGGGCUCCAGAGUGAGACAGA